CUCCUCUUGUUUCCUUCAUUUGGCGCCAAAUCCCUAAGCCAUCGUCUCUUGCCCCUCCCUCCCUCUCUCUAUCUCUCUCUCUUUCUCUCUCUCUGAGCAGCUAGCGUGUGUGUGUGGGUAGGAAAAAUGAUGAAAGAUUUUGAUUUCAGCCGGGACAAAGAUCUCGCGAGAGAUUUUAUUUUGAACUUUGCUGAAGGCAAUGGAGAAGCCAAAUACAUGAAAAUCCUUCAAGAUGUUGCAAACCAUAAAACUAAGGCGAUCCAGAUUGAUCUCGAGGACCUACUUAGUUAUAAGGACUUGGAUGAAGAAUUUCUCAGACGGGUCACUGAAAAUACUAGGCGUUACGUUGGCAUUUUCGCAGAGGCAAUUGAUGAACUCAUGCCAGAGCCAACGGAGGCUUUUCCUGAUGAUGACCAUGAUAUCCUGAUGACACAGAGGUCUGAGGAUCGAACAGAGAACACCGAUGGUUCUGAUCCUCUCCAGAGGAUGCCUCCGGAGAUCAAACGUUUCUAUGAGGUUUAUAUCAGGGCAUCUUCAACGGGACGCCCAUUUACUAUUCGGGAGGUUAGAGCUUCUAAUAUUGGCCAGUUAGUAAGGAUAUCUGGUAUUGUGACACGUUGUUCGGAUGUGAAGCCAUUGAUGCAGGUAGCUGUAUAUACCUGCGAAGAAUGCGGUUUCGAAAUUUAUCAGGAGGUAACUGCUAGAGUUUUUAUGCCACUAUUUGAGUGCCCAUCUAGCCGCUGUAAGACCAACAAGACAAAAGGGAACCUCAUCCUUCAACUCAGGGCAUCAAAGUUUUUGAAGUUUCAGGAGGCUAAGAUUCAAGAGUUAGCUGAACAUGUCCCAAAAGGACAUAUUCCACGAACAAUGACUAUUCAUUUUAGGGGAGAACUUACAAGGAAGGUAGCUCCUGGUGAUGUUGCUGAGUUAUCAGGGAUUUUUCUUCCAAUUCCAUACACUGGAUUUAGAGCAAUGCGAGCUGGUUUAGUUGCAGAUACAUACUUGGAGGCCAUGUCCGUUUCCCAUUUCAAGAAAAAAUAUGAGGAGUAUGAACUUAGAGGAGAUGAGGAAGAACAAAUUGCACGCUUAAGCGAGGAUGGUGAUAUUUAUAACAAACUAUCACAAUCCUUAGCUCCAGAAAUUUUUGGACAUGAAGAUAUUAAAAAGGCUCUUCUUCUUCUCCUUGUGGGUGCUCCUCAUCGGAAUUUGAAAGAUGGGAUGAAGAUUAGAGGAGACUUGCAUAUAUGUUUGAUGGGUGAUCCUGGGGUUGCAAAAAGUCAGCUCCUUAAGCACAUAAUCAAUGUUGCACCAAGGGGAGUGUAUACCACAGGCAAAGGAAGCAGUGGAGUUGGUCUGACUGCUGCUGUUCAGAAAGAUCCUGUAACAAAUGAGAUGGUCCUGGAAGGUGGAGCUUUGGUGCUAGCGGAUAUGGGUAUUUGUGCUAUUGAUGAGUUUGACAAGAUGGAUGAAUUAGAUCGUACAGCAAUACAUGAAGUAAUGGAGCAGCAGACUGUUAGCAUAGCAAAGGCUGGGAUCACGACAUCUCUGAAUGCAAGAACUGCUGUUCUUGCUGCUGCAAAUCCAGCGUGGGGAAGAUAUGACCUACGAAGAACUCCAGCUGAAAAUAUUAAUCUCCCUCCAGCUCUUUUAUCAAGAUUUGAUCUUCUGUGGCUGAUCUUAGAUCGGGCGGAUAUGGAUAGUGAUCUUGAAUUGGCUAGGCAUGUUGUCUAUGUCCACCGGAAUAAAGAAUCUCCAGCUCUUGGUUUCACUCCUCUUGAACCAUCUGUUCUUCGGGCGUAUAUUUCGACUGCUAGAAAAUUAUCCCCUUAUGUUCCAAAAGAGCUCGAGGAGUAUAUUGCUAGUGCGUACUCUGGCAUCCGGCAAGAUGAAGCCAAAUCAAACGCUCCCCAUUCCUAUACGACUGUGAGAACUCUGCUCAGUAUUCUCCGGAUAUCAGCUGCACUGGCAAGACUUCGGUUCUCAGAUACCAUUGCUCAGAGUGAUGUCGAUGAGGCACUCAGAUUAAUGCAGAUGUCAAAGUUCUCUUUGUACUCGGAGGAUCGCCAGAGAUCUGGCUUGGAUGCGAUCUCGGAUAUCUAUUCAAUUUUGCGAGAUGAAGCUGCAAGGUCUAACAAGAUGGAUGUGAGCUAUGCUCAUGCACUUAACUGGAUUUCUAGGAAGGGAUACAGCGAAGCCCAGUUGAAAGAAUGCUUAGAGGAAUAUGCGGCCUUGAAUGUGUGGCAAAUUCAUCCAAACACCUUUGAUAUCCGCUUCAUUGAUGCUUGAUGUAUUUGCUUAAAAUAUUAGAUCUGUGUAUUAUUUUUUGCCUAAUACUGGACAAUCUUCACCAAUUAGUUUCUGAAGUGUUUUAAUAUUUUUUUAAGUGAAUUUAAGGUUGCUUUAAGAGAUACAUUGGGUCUGUACAACUAGCAAGCAUAGGAAACCUUGAACAAAGGCCUGAGGUAUUGCAGAUUUCCUAGCUGAUAUAGUGUUGAGGCUAAAUUUGAAUUUGGAUUUUA